CCGUACUUAGGAGUCAGUCGCAUCGUUCGCGCCGACCGCGCCACACGCUCACCUCCGCGUAGCCCGCCAUGAUGCUGUUGGUGUUCCUCAUUGCCCUCGCCGCCGCGGCCGCACAAAACGACACGCAAACCGCGCGAACAUCCUCAACAUCGGCAGUCCGCCGCGAACAGUUCCGAGUUAUCUACGAAUGGACCUACAUCGAUUACGAAUGGGAAUCCCAGGAACAACAAAAGGCCUUCCUCAAUACCAGCCGAUACAUACCACAAAACGUUCUAAUCUCUGGAAUAAACUUCUACGGAGAAAGCCUGUUUCUGACGAUGCCGAGGAUGCUGGACGGGGUGCCGGCGACCCUCGCCACGAUUCCGGUCCUACAAACCAACACGGCCCCGAAAUUAAAACCGUUCCCAAGUUGGAGUGACAACACAAUCGGCAAUUGCAACGCGUUGCAAUUUGUGCAAAAUGUUGAAAUCGACCGAAACGGCAUCAUGUGGAUUUUGGACAACGGCCGCGUAGGUACACUUACACCGACCCCUGACCCCAAAUGUCCACCUUCGAUCGUAUUGAUUGACAUGAAGUCAGGAAAAAAUGAAAUGGAACGUAUUCCUUUCCCCCCUGAAAUAGUGAAUCCUAAUACAACUUACUUGAAUGAUCUUGUUGUGGACAACAGAGGAGAUGGUGAUUACGCUUACAUUACCGAUAACAGCGCAGUAGAUCCAGGUAUAAUAAUUUUCCGCAGGAGCGACAAGAAAUCGUGGAAACUUCGCGACAGUCAGUCAAUGAUGUCUGUGCCUGAGGCAACAUUUUUCCGCAUCAAUGGAACCAACGUAAAUUUACCAGUGAACAUCGACGGUAUUGCACUAGGCCCGCAGUUCAAAAGAAACGACGACAAGGUCGAUAGGACUGUUUACUACAGCCCGCUUUCCAGUUUUAAUUUAUAUGCAAUUAAUGCUUCUGUUUUGCGUAAUGAAUCUUUGGCUCAAAAUAACAAAAAUGACCUUCGUCCAUAUGUAGUCGACUUGGGUACGAAAGCUUCACAGACAGAUGGCAUGAAGAUGGACUCCACAGGCGUGCUAUUUUUCGGUCUAAUAGGCAACUCGACUAUUGCAGAAUGGAAUUCAACCACUGAUUUCCGCACAGGCCAACGAACGAUUGCUCGCGACCCAACAUACAUCCAGUGGGUAGACCGUUUCACAUUCGAUGAUCGUGGUAACACAUACGUGGUUGUGAACAGACUAUUCAACUUUGUGAAACAGCAGGUAUCUCUUAAUGAAAUCAACUACAGAAUACUCAAGAGUUUUACGGGAUCUAAGAGUUAUGUGUUCGGUGAUGAUUUGACGUCAGAAUCUCAAUAUAGCGCGGCGUCGAUACCCAUGGUAGGUGCAUCGCUGCUUAUGGUCGCAUUCAGCUUCCUACUCGCCUAGUCCACGUCGAGCAUCUUGGUCUCGGUCUGGUCGCGACCCUGACCCUGAAAAUUACUGUUCAUUAUGCGACGCUCGGACUGAUUUUAAAUUAUAGAAUGCGUAACAUAACCAAAUAUUAAGUUACCUUGACCUCUAGGUCCUUCCAGUGAUAAUGCGCCUAGACAUAAUUUAUAUCUUCUGAACAGCAUAACAUAGACUAAGUUAUUAUAGUGAUGUGACCUUUGAGUAAUUGUUUUUAGAUAAAGAUGGGUAGGCAGUAGGUGUUCGUUGCAGCGAUGCAAAAGUUCGAGGACGGGUUACCAAAUGCCGCGCCUCGUUCAACAAUAAACAUUCCAACAUAGGAUGUAGGUGCAUCUUCGCGUGAUAUAUAUUUAUUUUAAACUUGUUCAUAUCAUUAUUUCAUUUACGAAAUAAAUGUAAACAAAGAUAUAUAAACAUUGUAAAUGUAAAUUGUCCCGAUUAGAAACGUAAAUCAGUUGAAACUAGGGAAUUAAUUAUAAUGUAAAGUGACUUAAUUAUAUGAAUUUUAGUUAGUAACGUAUGUUUAACUUAAAUUGUAUAAUAAUAUGGGUAUACAAUAAUAUAACUAAACUGUACGAAAGACAUUGUGAUUGAUCGUGACUGAGUUUAAGAUAUAAAUAAACAUGUAUAAAAA